CCUGACUGGCUCUAACCAGGCUGCGUUUAAUUGAAGAGUGCCAGGCUGUAGUCGCCGAGCAAGGAGGAUUAAUGAGCUUAGAAAGCUCUGACGGACUGACAUUGACGACAGAAACACAGAGAACUGGAUCUCAGGUGGAGGAUAUGACAUUCAGGUACAGGCGACUGUGUGAGAGAACGAGAUAGAGUGAGAAACAGCAGUGAGACUCAGAGAGUGAAAGGUGGAAAAUUAGGAGCAGGGGAAGUGAAGAAACGGGAAAUGGAGGAGGAGAGAAGGGGAAGGGAAGAAACAGGAAAAGGAGGAGGAGAGGAGGGGAAGGGAGGAAACGAGAAAUGGACAACCAAGUGAGGGAGAGAGACGGGAAGCCUUCAACAGCAGAUGAGACUGAGGAACGAAACGAGGGAGAGGUAUAGAGAAGGAGAGAGAGCGAGAGAGGGGGGAGGGAGGUGGAGAAGAGGGGCCCCCGAGCAGGAGAGAGGGCUGCAGGGUGAAGAAGGAGUGAGAGAAAAGUUGGAAAAGUAAGAGGGGUCAGGGGAAAGAAAGGAAAGAGAAAAAACAAGUAGAGGAGAGAAAGAGAAACAACAGGAAGACUAAAGGGGGAGGGACGUCUUCGGUUAAAAAAAGAGGCAAAGCUGAAGAAAAGUGGGGGGGUGGGGGCGUUUGCGGUGGAGUCAGUCGUAGCUAGAUGAGGAAAACAGUUAGAGUGAAUGACUAGGUCGGAGUUGGAGAGCAGCAGGGAGGAGAAGGAAACCAGUUGUUUUUUGAAGGCAUUUUCCACAGCAGCCAGCCUCUACUCCGGAUGGACUGUUUUCAUUCUGAAAUGUUCUCAGACAGCACACGGACGGGACACUAUGGACUCAUUCAUCAAAACAAUAACGACUACUGCUACUGCCACCACGGUGUCCAUUACGGACCCACGUUGUUCCAGGGAGGACCAGGGGGAAACAGACCACCACCCAUACACUCAGACCACCCACCAUCACUGGACCUCAGGGAAGACUUCCAGCUUCCUCCUUUCCCUGUGGAGACCGAGGAUAUAGAGCCUGGACUAGAGAAGGGUGAGAGAAGUGGAGGAGGAAGAGGUGGAGGAAGAGGAGAUGGAGGAAGAGGUGGAGGAGGAAGAGGUGGAGUAGGCAGAAGAGAAGGUGAAGGCAGAGGAGGAGGAGGCAGACGAGAAGGUGAAGGCAGAGGAGGAGGAGAAGGUAGACGUGAAGGUGAAGGCAGAGGAGGCAGAGGAGGAGAAGGCAGACGUGAAGGUGAAGGCAGAGGAGGAGGAGAAGGCAGACGAGAAGGUGAAGGCAGAGGAGGAGAAGGUAGGCGUGAAGGUGAAGGCAGAGGAGGAAAAGGAGGAGAAAGCAGACGUGAAGGUGAAGGCAGAGGAGGAGGAGAAGGCAGACGAGAAGGUGAAGGCAGAGGAGGAGGAGGCAGACGUGAAGGUGAAGGCAGAGGAGAUGGAGGAGGAGGCAUACGAGAAGGUGAAGGCAGAGGAGGAGGAGAAGGCAGACGAGAAGGUGAAGGCAGAGGAGAUGGAGGAGGAGGCAUACGAGAAGGUGAAGGUAGAGGAGGAGGUAAAGGCAGAGGAGGAGGUGGAGGAGUAGGCAUUGAAGCUGAAGCUGGAGGCUGUUACACUCACAGGGCCCCACAGAGGAGGCCAGUGUUCACAGGGCAGGGUCAGCAUGUCCAACCUCAGCCAGACCUAUUUAGCCCUAGCCAAACCUAUGACUACAACCCUGCCCAGUGGAGCUGGCCAGUGGAGCCCUCAGGCCCUGGUCUGAGACACUAUUCCCCUGUGAGAGAACAAUGUGGCUGUGUGGGACAGGGUGGAGGUGACGCUGUUGGGACGGCAACCGGGACACACCCCUUCAACAGCAGCAGACAUGCGUCAGCCUUGUCACUCCCGGCGGACCCAGACCCGGCACACAGACAGACAGACAGACAGACUAGCUACAACUACAAUCCAGAGGGGCACAGGCACGCUAGUUAUGGAGUGGAAGAGCAGAUCUGGGAUCAGUCAAAACACAGACAGGCCAGCUGCAGUUACAGUACAGAAGACAAACCAAUACACAGGCAGGCUAGUUGUGGAGUGGAAGAACAGAUCUGGGGUCAGUCAAAACACAGACAGGCCAGCUUCAGCAACAGUUUGAGGCUAGAAAGACAGGCUAGCUACAGUCCACAGGAACUACACAGACAGGCUAGCUACGGUCCACAGGAACUACACAGACAGGCUAGCUACAGCUACAGUCCAGAAGACAAGCCAAUACACGGACAGACUAGCUACGGUCCAGAAGAACAGAUCUGGGAUCAGUCGAAACAUAGACAGGCUAGUUACAGUCCAGAAGACAAACCGAUACAUGGACAGACUAGCUACGGUCCAGAAGAACAGAUCUGGGAUCAGUCGAAACACAGACAGGCUAGUUACAGUCCAGAAGACAAACCGAUACAUGGACAGACUAGCUACGGUCCAGAAGAACAGAUCUGGGAUCAGUCGAAACACAGACAGGCCAGAUGCAGUUACAGUACAAGAAGGCAGGACUGGAGAUUUACUGCUGGUGGUAAACACGAUCAUUUGGACAGGUGUGUACUACUGGAACAAGAAAAUUUACACCCCCACAUGCCAAAUGGAUGCUGUGGCAUUGGUGGUCCCAGCCCCAGGCCUGUGUCCUCUCGGGGCAGGGGAGAUAGAGCUAACCACCAGGAGAGGACUACUAGAUUAAAGGCUGGAGGAGUUGGAGGUGGGAUAGGAGAGGACGGCUGUAAUGGACGACAUGUCCCUGCUGGCUCUAGCCCUGAGGGUUUGGUCAGGAAGAAACAGAGUUUGGUCCGAAAGAACCAGGGGUUGGUCCGGGAGAACCAGAAUUCGAUCCAGGAGAAGGAGGGUGUGGUCCAUGAGAACCACGGUUCGACCCAGGAGAACCAGGUUUCGAUCCGGGAGAAGGAGGGUGUGGUCCAUGAGAACCACGGUUCGACCCAGGAGAACCAGGGUUCGAUCCGGGAGAAGGAGGGUUCAGUCCGGAUGAAGGAGGGUUCGGUCCGGGAAAACCAGGGUUUGAUCCGGGAGAAGGAGGGUUCAGUCCGGACGAAGGAGGGUUCAGUCUGUGAGCAGAUCAGACAGGUGGUGUCAGACCUGGAGGGGGUCCUGGGUGGUCUCAAACAGGUCCACGCGGAGAUGAAGGAGGUGGUCCAACAGAUAGAUCGUCUGACAGCUAACAUUGACCUGGAAGAGGAAGAAGGAUCAUGUAACAAGUCCCCUAGUAGUGGUGACGGUCUCCCCAACCCCAGAGACUGUAAAGGAGUCCUGAUGUUCAACCAGGGAGACCAGAGACCACAGUACAGAGACAUGGACCGUACCGUCAACCAGAAGACUACUAGGGUCCAGGUGCACACCCGCUGGACUGAUACAGGGGACCUAUUCCACAACCAGAAGACUCCUGGGAAACAUGGACCACAGUGCAGAGACACAGAUCAUACUGUCAUCAUACAUGACCCUCCUCCCGACCCCAGAGACGUCCUGGUGUACAGCCAGAAGACUAAUGGAGACCAGGGAGUCUCCCUACUGUACAGACACCCUGACCAUACUGUCACCAUACCAACUAACUCUCUGUCCCCUGUCCUCACCGCAUCUGUCAUCAAGACCAACCGGGUUGGGGUCACAGCCCUGAGCCCCAUGGGCCCCCUGAGCCCCUCCAAAGACCCCAAACAGGACAGACGGGGGUUCAACGGACACCCUCCUCUACCUGGUCCGGGAAGAGAACUGAACCAUGUGGACCCCCAGACCCCCCCAGAGCUAGAAAUGACCCCCUCUCUACCCCUACCCUUAUGGACUCAACUGGCUGACCCCACAGCCAUGGUCGGAUACAGUAUCCCCACUCUUAGGAACCAGAAACCUCCACUGUACCCACGCCACAACGGACGGGUGGAGAGGCUCAGCAAGUGUCUGGCUCAACCACCCUACCCUGCACACCCAGCCCACCCAGCACUGCCGGUCCUGCCCCACCUGGCUCAGCCACCCUACCCUACCCACCCUAACCACCCAACCCACCAUGCCCUGCCUCCCAGUGACCUGAAGACACUCCCCUACCCGGGGAAAGGCUGCAGCAUGGUAUGAGGGGACAGGGGACAGCCUCACUGCCAUGGGGGCCUGGAACAUAUAAUACAAGGACAGACCUACACUGAUAAGUAGUCUGAGAAAGACAGCUUGUGGAGCCCUGACGUGGUGAAGAGAUGUCAGUCAGUGGUGGACACGGUCAGAGCUCGCCCUGAAGGGGGGGAUAUUUCCAAGGGAAAACGCUCCAGACAGACAGGAGGGAAAUUCCACAUGAAAGCCUGCGAUGCACAGGCCUUGAGAUGCACAGUAUGAAGCAAGCACUUCAACAGACAUUAACAUGUAUGUGUGGUGUCCGGGGGGGUUGGCCAAAACAUAAGACAGCAAAUAUUAACAUUUCUGAUACAAAUUGGACAAUAAAGUUGUAUUGUAUUGUAUUGUCUAACCCAACCUUACUGAUCACACCUAGAUCCCUUUGAGCUAGACACCCAAAGGUAAUCGACAAAAUAAUCUCUAGACAAAUGAGAAUGGAUGUUGGAAGUUAUACGAUUAUAUUAUCUAUAUCUUUAUUCAUGUUUAUAAAUGUUUAUUUUCUAAAUGAGAAAAUUGUACUGUCUGAAACAUUCAAUUCCAAAAAAGUUAAAAUUGUCAACUGAAUGUGUCACAUUUCUUACCUUUGUGUAUGAAAUAAAGAUAGCAGUGACCUAAUAAUUGGUAUUAAUAUUGAUUUGAAAUGUUUUAUGUUCUGUUCUGGCACCGAUGCGUGUGUUUCCAUUCUCCUUAGCUGUCUGUAUUCCAUGGCACUAGUGUCUAAACUGCCUGUUCUGCAUCUGAAAUGACAACUUAUUCCCUAAAUAGUGCACUACUUUAGACCAGGGCCCUAUGGGUCCUGAUCAACAGUAGUGGACUAAAUAUGGAAUAGGGUGUCCUUUGGAACCCUGUCUUUAUGAUAUGGAACAGACUACUGCGUGUUGGAAUCGUCUGCAGGUAGGCCUGCUACCCUCUCUGUCUCUCUGUUUAUUAAAAGAGAGUUUCACCACUUCUCUCCCAGAGCCCCUACAGAUAGGCUGCUACCGUACAUUCCUCUGUCUCUGGCUGCGUUUACACAGGCAGCACAAUUCUGUUCCUUUUUCCACUAAUUGUUCUUUUUGACCAAUCACAUCAGAUCUUUUCACAUCAAAUAUAUUUUUCUGAGUUGAUCUGAUUGGUCAAAACACCAAUGUGUGAAGAAAAAAAAGAUACGAAUUGGGCUGCCUGUGUAAACGCAGCCCUGUUUCCUCUCUCACCACAGAAAAGCUCUGUUUCUCCUCUCUCGUCUGUUGACGUCAAGCCCAGUUUCCUCCCGUCACUCCCGUCUCCUCCACCCUCACCACAGAACAGCUCUCUUUCUCUUCCUCAAGCCCUGUUGACUGAUAACCGAUGUACUGAGUCUGUACCACUACAAACUGUUGCGACUUUACCACGGUGUUACGUAAUUCCGGACGGAUUCUUGCUUGCUUGAACGCCACUAACUCAGAUACACAUGAAAACAUGAAAUGAGCCAGGGAAUCGGUAGAACGUCCCUCAGAGAUGCACAAAAAACAAAAUAACAUUCAAAAUGGGUGAACCUUUCCUUCAAGCAAAAUCUGAAUAAAAAUGUUGAAAUCUUCCAAUUACUAAGAAACCGUCUCUCAUCGUAU